ACUUACUUGAAUACUUCCAUUUCCUGGUACUUUUCCAUCCGAAUGCAGUCGUAUUGACCGCUACAUUAGCUACGUCCAUAAAGUGUUUACGUUAAUUUAGCGAUUCCUGUGAUGUAUGAAACCGUAUGAUUUGCCAAAAUAAGUUUCCAUAUAGUAAGUUAGUGCCUUUUGGGUUAAUUAAAUUAAUUAGUUACGUGCAUUAAACCAUUACGUAGUUCUACUUUAUGCACACUUUAAAAUGGACGACUUUCAUGUUUGAUUAAAUGUUUUAGAUGUGUUUCUACACCUGCAUGUGAAUGUGAUGAACCCUGGAUAUUGUACUUUUCGCCCUCGUGCCUCGCACGCUGUCGGUGAGAGACUCGUUACCACAACCUUGUACGGAUGUUUGCAACAAUGUCGGCGUUUCCCGGUGUGUAAAACGAACCAACCUAAAACGCCCACGGACCAAUUAGAAGGCGAGUACGGCGGAACUCCGUCACACGUCAUAUCUGUGCUCCAACAACAGGACCCCGCUGCAUCCUGUCGGCGCGGAGUGGUCGUCUGCUCUUCACAUGUCGUUUGCUGGUUAUCUGUUCGGGAAACUACCGUCUAAUGAAAACGAGUGCCUGUUUUGGGUGGGGAGGGGGGGAUCAAGCAUCCGAUACCGAUCGGCUCUGUCUGCGUGAAAUAGGGAAUGAACGACGAGACAGCAUCGGACAGCUGGAAGAGAAACUCCGGGUGCUCCAGAUUUUGGAGUUGAGCUGCUGAGAUUUCCGUUGCCACAAUAUGAAGGAGUAUUGAGCAAAUGCUGGCUGUGAGUCCCGGAAAGACGCCCAUCAGUCUGCUGCAGGAGUAUGGAACGCGGAUAGGCAAGACCCCAGUGUAUGACCUGCUGAAGGCCGAGGGACAGGCCCACCAGCCCAACUUCACGUUCCGCGUCUCCGUCGGAGAGAUCAGCUGCACCGGCCAAGGGCCCAGCAAGAAGGCAGCCAAGCACAAAGCAGCCGAGGCUGCUCUGAAGAUGCUCAAGGAAGGUCUCGGAGGUCCUGUUGGAGUUGGUGUUGGAGUAGACGGGUUUAUUGGGGUCGACGUGUCUACUGAUGGGGACAGCUCCCAGUCAGAGAUGAAGACCUCAGGCAGUUCUCAGCAGUCCGAAUGUAACCCUGUUGGGGCUCUGCAGGAAUUGGUGGUGCAGAAAGGAUGGCGUUUGCCAGAGUACACAGUCACCCAGGAGUCUGGUCCAGCACACCGCAAGGAGUUCACCAUGACCUGCAGAGUGGAGAGAUUUGUGGAAAUCGGAAGCGGAACCUCUAAGAAGCUAGCCAAGAGAAACGCAGCAGCUAAGAUGUUAUCGCGUAUACACGAUGUCCCAGUCGACCUGAGGACCAACAACGACGUUGACGUGGAAGAAGACACGUUCAACAUGCACAUGGGGAGCAAAGCUGAGACAGGCAAAAGUAAAGGCUUCAGUUGCACCUGGGACUCACUGCGUAACUCUGCUGGAGAGAAGAUCCUGCAGCUCCGCAGCCACCCUCUGGGCAUGCCCACGGACUCCAACUGCUCUUUGCUGAAUGACCUGUCCACCGAGCAGCGCUUUGACGUCAGUUACCUGGAUCUGGAGGAGCGCAGUCUGAGUGGCCUGUGCCAGUGUCUAGUGGAGCUGUCCACACAGCCAAUCACAGUGUGCCAUGGCUUUGCUCCGAACAUAGACGCCGCUCGAGCCAAUGCAGCCCACAAUGCACUGCAGUACCUCAAAAUCAUGGCUGGGGGGAAGUGAUGUAAUCUUCCUCCUUGUCAGGAUAAGAGGUCCUCUUCGGACAAUGGAGGCACUUUUUUUGAUGAGUUCAAAUAACGCAAAUUACCUCAAAUGUGGAAAUAGAGACUUUUUCUGUCCCCAAAUUGAACCCCGGAGCCACUUGGAUUUUUUAUUGAUGCCAAUGAAGAUUUAGUUGCCCAGAAACUCAUGAACCCCUCCUUCUUGGCAUUUUGCAUUUUUGUCACAAAUUAUUUUUAUUUGUUUGCUAGGAACCCAAUACGCAGCACUGUAUUUUUCUCAAAAAUCUCAAUUCUUUAUUUCAAAUGCUGACAAAUUGUGAUGCAACAAAAGGUCAAAGGAGUUUGUAGGAAUUGGGCUAUGGAAUCGACAAUUAUUGGUGCUUUGUUUAAUCCCAGAUCGAUGAAGGAUGAAGGGAAGAAAAAAGUUCCAGCCAUGUGCAACAACAUGGAGAGAAAAGGACUCUGCUGAAUAGAUAUCAGAGGAUAAUUAUUUUAAAGACUACCAUGUUUUCAGAUGAACUUGUAUGAGAAAAUGUGGCUUUUGUUGUAUAUUAAUCUGGACCCUAAACAAUUUGGGAAUAAAGUAAGUAAUAAACAUGUUACUCUUUGGUGUUCCCAAUGUAGAAAUAUAAAGGAUAAGUAGACUCAGAUGACUGCACAUUAUUGUUUGAUGAAUUGUGUGCAAUUUUCCCCUUUUUAUAAACUUCUUUGUUAGAGUUGGGCUCAUGUUGAUUGCUUACAAACCAGUAAUAGAGAACAUGCUCACACUGCGUGUCUUUUUAAUUGUGAGGAUAGUUACAAAAUACUCCACAACAUUACAAUUCAAUUAAAAAUCCCAAUUACUCUGGAAUUUGCAAAAAAUAAAUUAGCAGUUUCAAAAACUCUGCUUUUAGCACAGUUUUUGCACAAAGUAAAUUAAUUUCAGUGUAAGACAAAGAUAAGUUAACAAUUAGGGUGAAAGGGGAAGAAAGAGUACUGUGAAUCUGCAUAUUUUGUUACUUUUGACCAAACAAAGAACCUACCACAUAUUAUUAUGUGGAGUUAAAUGUGUUUUGUGUCCAUUGUUUCAUUUAUAAUCUAAACCCUUGUGAAUUUUUUUUCUGUCAAUGUGUCUAUGAUUCCUGUAAUUAAAUUUGAUGAUGGUGAAUUUACAGAUUAUUUUCUCCAACUACUUGCUGUGUCUUGGUGUAAGGAUUAAUUUCCCGCCCACCUUGCACUCAGCUGGAAUAUGUAUUGAAAAUAGACAGUUUGCACUACUUGAAAAGAUAAGUUUGCAACAUGCAGGCUGACCAAGUUGUUGUACAUCUCUCACCGGUGUGUUUGAUGUUGACCUCAUUCUCUGAAAAGGCAGAUCUGCUUUUUGUUUUUCGAAUCAGGUGUUGUUUUAGUUGCUGACACCAUUGACGUCUAUGCUGACAUCAAUACAUUUGAGAUAGACUUCUUUGUUGUCGUAAUAUAAACUGUUUUUAGAGAACGGAUGAACUCAAAUGUGAGCUCUUGAAUUUGUUUCCAAUAAAACAUUUUUGUACAUUUUA